AUGGUAGCUGGAAAGAAAACUCUUUACGAUUGGCUUGAGAUUCCUCAAAGUGCGUCGGAGAACGACAUCAAGAAGGCGUACAGGAAGCUCGCAGUCAAGCAUCAUCCUGACAAGGGAGGAGAUGAAGCGGUCUUCAAAGAGAUCACGAAAGCGUAUGAGGUCCUCUCAGACGCGCAAAAGAGGAAGAUCUACGAUCAAUAUGGCGAAGAGGGUCUAGAGAACGGAGGAGCCCCUACGCACAGUGCAGAAGACAUCUUCAGUAUGUUCUUUGGUGGUGGUGGCCGAAGACGGAAUCAGGGGCCGAAGAAGGGAGAGGAUGUGGUCCAUCAGAUCAAUGUGACGCUGGAAGACCUGUACAACGGGAAGACGAGAAAACUUGCCAUCACUCGCAAAGUUCCCGUUGAUCCCGAUGCUGAGCCAAAAGUUUGUUCAGCCUGUGACGGUCAUGGCGUCAAGAUGCUCACCAGACAGAUAGGCCCCGGUAUGAUCCAGCAGAUGCAGGUUGCUUGCCAAGAUUGUGGUGGACAAGGAUACGACGUGAAAUUGAAAACUGAACGACAAGUACUGGAAUGCUGCAUCGAGAAGGGUAUGAAGCAUGGACAAAAGAUCGUGUUGCGUGGAGAAGCAGAUCAGUUGCCAGGAACAAUUCCAGGGGAUGUUGUUUUCGUGCUGGCACAGGAGAAGCACUCCACGUUUCUGCGCAAGAAUGAUGACCUGCUGAUCACCAGCCAGAAGAUCACGCUGAUCGAGGCUCUCACUGGACAAAUCAAGUGUAUCGACGAUGAAGGGAUGCCGAUGCAUAAGAACCCAUUUGUCAAGGGGAAACUCUACAUCCGCUUCGAAAUAGUCUUCCCUUCCAACAAUUCCAUCUCUCCUUCGCAGAAGGCUGUUCUUGAGAAGGUCCUACCGUCUGCUCCAACUCCAAUGUCCCUUGGAGAUGCCGAAGAGGUCACGAUGCAAGAUGCUGACGAGGCGUCGAUGGGCGGAGAUGCGGGAGGACACGCGAGAGCAGCGACUGAUGAAGAUGGAGACGAGGAAAUGCGAGGAGGGCAGAGAGUACAAUGUGCACAACAAUAG